UCUGUCUGUCUGUCUGUCUGUCUGUCUUACAUGAUAUUAUUGUGAAAUACCUUCACUGUUCAGAGUUUGUGUCUGUCAUGUGUCGGUAGGUGGCGCUGUCGGCUCCUUUUACCGGAAUGUAGGCUACUGUGCGCGUCCGCGUGUCAGAGCGCGUGCAUGUGUGUGUUGAGAGAGAGCAUCUGCCUGCACACACACACACACACACACACACACACACAGGGAGGAUGCUGCCUCGGUUCAGACAACAGACGCGGAGCUGAAGAAGAACCGGGAGGACUAACGGACACACCGGGAUCCACCACCGGGCGCUGAGUGACCGGGGACCUGGUCGAACCUCCCGCUGGGCCGGGUCGAACCUCCCGCUGGGCCGGGUCGAACCUCCUCCCUGUCGGUGUGAUUCUCCGGUGAGCUCCGGAGCGGCGGAGGGAGGAUGAAGAAAAGCAACCCGAGCAGGAGGUGCGUUCAGGACUCGGGUCCGCAGGCCAUCCAGCAGCCGGAGAAGGUGGGCUGGAUCAGGAAGUUCUGCGGUCGCGGGAUCUUCAGGGAGCUGUGGAGGAACCGGUACCUGGUUCUGAGGGCAGACCGGCUGUACGUCUCCGACAAGGAGGUGAAGGACGAGCGGCGGGCGCAGGAAGUGUUCGACCUGGCUGAUUACGAGCGCUCGGAGGAGCUGAGGAAGCCGAAGAGUCGCAGCAAGAAGAACCACAGCCGCUUCACGGUGCUGCGCUGCAGGCAGCCAGGAAACACUGUUCCUAACCUCGUGUUUCUGGCGGUGAGUCCUGAGGAAAAGGAAUCAUGGGUCAACGCUCUCAACGUGGCAAUCAUCAAAGCCAAGAACCGCAUUUUAGACGAGGUGACCAUCGAGGAGGACAACGCGCUGGUUCAUCCAACCAGAGACCGGGCUAAGAUCCCUCACGGCCGCCGGCUGCCAACCAGAGGACACCUCCUGGCUGUGGCGUCAACCUCUUCCCACGGCAUGCUGACCCUCGACCUGGUUGCUGAGGAAGAUGGUUUCUUCCCAGACUACGAUGGUGACUCCUGGGAGAACAGCUUGCACGGAGGGGGUUCUGCUCUCGGACCUCGGGGGGUCGGAGUUCGUCAGCGAGCCGACACCGACGUAUCAAAACUGUGGGUGACCUCUAAGGAACCCAUGGUGAAGACUGGCAGUCUGCCCAGGGGGAGUGAGCGGUCCUGGGGCAAACAGUCCCACCUGGAGGCCUCCAAGGUCCACAAGACCCAGCAGGUCCUCCAGGCUCAGUCUCGAACACCACAGCCUGGGAAGAGGUUCAGCAUGCAGGGCCGGAGUCGCUGUGCCUCCAUGGAUGAAGUCCUUUCCUCCAGACCGGCGAUGAUUCGUUCUGAACUGCGCUCCGCUCUUCGUCGUCAUCCAACUGAAGAGGAGGCGUCGGUUGGGACUUCAGUCCAGCCGGUCGGUCAGCUGCAGAGUCUAAUCGCCCAGAGGAUGCAGAGAGCUCAGGAGCUGCUGGAGGAGAUGAGACUGCAGGAGCUGCAGAAGGCCAAAGCAGAGAGAGAACGAGGGAGCAGCUCGCCUUACCUGAAGGGCAUCGACUCACCUCGCCUUCACCACCUCAGGGGAUCAGACUCUCCUCACUCCAGCAGGUCAUCUGGAUCUUCAAGGAGCAGGAGCAGCGACUCUCCUCGUCUCCGGGGUAAAGACUCUCCUCGCCUGAGAGGGAGGGAGUCUCCUCGGUCCAAAGCCAGGAGGAAUCGCUCCAAAGGGACCGACACGCCUCGCUCCAGAGGAUCUCAUUCACCGGCCUCCAAAGCAAACGAUUCUCCUCGGCUGAAAGAUUCGCCUCACCUCAUUUCCUCCGACAGGGUCCGUUCACCAAAACUCAAAAGAUCGUCCAACAAGGAGGACGACUCUCCUGUCCAGAAGUCACCUGAAUCACCUCCAUGUGUCAGAGGAGCCGACUGCUCUCAGGUUAAAGUUUCUGAUUCACCACAAGUCAGCGAGUCUGACUCCCCUCGUCUGGGGAGCAGCCAGGAGUCGCCCUGUCCGAGUCAGAAGAACUCACCGAGCCUCUCCGGAUCAUUCGAGUCCUCGCAGCCCAAAACUCCCGACAAACGCUGCCCGUCUCCACCUCCGCCCUCCUCGCCUCCCUCUCUGCUGUCAGAGGAAGACCAGCAGGUGGAGGACAGGCGCGCAGAGGCUGAGCGCCUCCUGGAGGAGGCUGUGUCAUCGUGGAAGGAGGCGCAGGAGGUCCUGCAGGAGGUGAAGGAGCUGCAGAGCCAGACACUGCGACGGCAACGCAGGAGGACGUACGAGAAGAUGACACCACCAGCAGCAGACGAGGAUGACACGCCCACCUCGCCGACGUCGCCGGAGGACGACGAAUCAGAAACACCUUGAUGAUGUCAGAUCGUGAUGUCAUCUUUGAAUCCACGUGGACAGAUUACUUUGAAACCAGCGAUACAGUUCUUCCAGGAGGUCCGUCCUCCACGGUGCACUCGACUGUCAGCACUGCUGCUUCUUAUCUUUGUGAUGCUGCACGACUUUUUCUGCUUCCAUUCUUCUACAGAUGUCAACGUUUAUACGAGGAGGCAUUUUUUAUUGUAACACUGAAGAGCACAAUGUUUCUAUGAUGGGGUCUUUUUAAGUAAGGAUGCACUGCACACUGAUUAUUAAUCAUUUAAAUAUUUCUGACAUGAUUUAUUUCGUAUGUUCUGUCCUCACGUAUCGUCUCUCGUCAAAGAUCAGGGAGUCCAACGCUCAAAGCGCUGAAGAGACAAAAAGCAAUAAAGACACUGAAAGUCUCUACGAGCACGGAGCUCCGCCUCCGUUCGGCUUUAACACGUAACCUGAAACGCAGGGAACUUUUUAACGAGCUAAUAUUUCCGCUCUGUCCGGCGGCUUCUCGCUCGCUCUCCUUUUCUCUUCUUAGCUUCCUCUCGCCCAGCUCCGGUUCAGAUCUCAUCUGCUAACGGACAGUGAACACGGCGCUGACCCGGCUGUUAAUCGUCCGUCUUGUCGUUGCCGUUAAUUUGUCGGCUGCCAUUGCGAGGCGGUUGGAUACACGUAGCAUUGCUCAGCUGAAGCUGGUUGGUUAAUCUUACAUGUUUGCUAACGUUAUCUCUAACAGAGUGGAGAUGUUUUCCAAAUGACAACAUGACAUUAACUUUUGUAUUUCCCAGCUCCAGUUCUGGCAUGACACCGGCUCUGCUACAGCAGCUAACAGACUGAGCUAACAUGAGCUAACAGCAGCUAACAGACUGAGCUAACAUGAGCUAACAUGAGCUAACAGCAGAGUUGAAACUUUCAUUUUUCUCUGCUGAAAUAUUCUUUGAUGUUUUUUGUGUUUGAACGUUUUCGUGUUUUUGUUGCACUGAUGAAAAAUAUUAGUUAGCUCCACUUUGAGAUAUUUUAAACGUGUUGAACUAAAAUUUAUUUGUUGAUGUUCUUGAAUGAAUUACUGUACACAGCAAUGCAUUGUGGGUAAAAAAAGAAAAAACACUUACUUCCUGUUUUUAGCAUUCAGACCUCAUUUUAACAUGCUAACUUAAGAUAAGCUAACAGGUGAUGAGGAGAAGCUACGUCACCUCUGAACCCUGAAACUCACCUGGAAACAGGUGAGCUCACC